AUGGACAGAGACAGCAACAGGACCACCACGUUCCGUGGGAAGAAGUGUACGAAAGUCCGCAGAACCAGCUCUAUCUCGAUUGAGAGCUCUUCGUCCGCAACAUCCCCAAGCACUACGUCGACGACUACGCAAACUUCUUCGUCAGAGAACCGCAAUGAAGACCCUCCAACGACCCAAACGACUACGACGGCCGUAGUACCACCUCCCGUUGAUGUGACUCUUCAGCCAGCCCCGUCGUCCGAGCCAUCUCCUAUAUUACCUCCACCUGUGCUAGAAUCUUCGUCGGCCACACCAACACCCCUAGUGCCUCCAACCGAACCUCCGGUCAUCACUGACCCAGCCAAAGAGCCAUCGCCUACAAGCAACCCGACUACGGUGAAUCCAUCAUCAACGCCCAUCCAAGAAUCGCCCGAAUCCGUCAUUCCGUCUCCUUCGCAACCAUUUACCCCUUUCUCCGACUCCACGCCUAUCUCAACGAGAAGUUCGAGUCUUCAUAUCCUCCCAACUGCCGGUCCUGCUUUACCUAUUGACAGUCCCGAAGAUGGCCAUGUCUCGGGAGGUGGCCAUGUCUCAGGGGGCGACCAUACGGGAGGGUCACAUCAUGGUAAAGGUAGCGGCUUCCCACUCGCUGCAACAAUUGCCGGCACACUCGGUGGGGUUGCUGCGUUAUCCAUUAUAACCCUAUUAUGGUUUUGUCUUCGAAGGAGGAGGCGCAAGUCUGCGUCAUCUGGGCCAUCCCAAAGCCGGUUCUCAUUUGAACCCGACCGUCGAGGCCUUUCGUCAACAGUGUUGGGACUCUUUAACAAGGCCUCGGUCUCCUCUAGAAGAGCUAGGGACAAGGUGCCGUGGUUGAAAGAGAAAGGUGCCGUUUACCAACAUCAGAACAACGGCUUUCUAUCCCAGGCUGCUGGAGCAGCCUUUCGAAAUCGAUCUCACAGCUCCCCUACGGCUGGUCUAAAAACUAGGUUAGGGGGCAGUUUCUCUAAAUUGCCGUGGUGGAAAGACAAAAGACAAGUGGCACCAAUCGCACCCAUUCCAGUGCAAAAUCGAACAACGUCACCAGCAAAUGGCUCGGAGUCACCAAUCGAACCGUAUACUCCUGCAAUGGUUCAGCGUGCUCUCUUGCCAGAGGACCCAUUCCUCGACUCUCCCGAACGACUCCCUCCUCUACUGAGGCUCAUGAACCCUGAUCCUUCGAGCACUCCGAAUUCGACAGAUAAUCUCGACCCCAGUAGACCGUCUCCAUUGGGAGUCCAAGCAGGCUCCAAAGAAUCGAGUCCAGGCUCGCACGCCCGUUCCCUAUCGUUGAAUAACCCGAUCGACCCCUUCAGAGACCCCGAUCCCGAAGCGGCAUGGUCGGCACUGCUUCCAGGCCGGGAAAAUACAUUCGCUGCGGCUGCUCUUCCGAAGUCAUCACAUAGUAGCGGUUCGGGAUUCAUUAUACAGUCGAACUCGCUUCCUGACCAGCCCCGGUCGGCGCAUACAUCUACAUCAUCCCAUUCUCGCACUCGGAGCGCUAGCCUUGCGCUGCAAUCCCAUCCUCCUGAAAAGAAUAACAGAGAUACCUAUUCCGCCAUCCCAACAAAUCCGUUCGUCGACCUUUCCGAUCCUAGGAACUCAAGUUCGGCGAAGUACGGCAUAGACCCGUCUAGAGACAGUCCGUCGACACAAGCGAUGCAGCAGUGGGUCACGCAGCAUCAACGCAAGCCAUCGAUCACGUCAUCAUCUGUCUACACAGCCACACGCAGGCUUGAUGACAUGCGCACCACAACCACGACGAACUUCUCUCGCAAGCCUUCUGCAACCCACGCUCACAAACCGUCGCUGUCUGCUGAAACGCCCCCCAUCAGCACUGUCCCAUCCACGCUUCGCAGCGCAAUUUCCGAUCAAUCAAGCACAAAUGAACCUGCUACCAUCGGUUCCACUGCGUCGAGUGCAUCCGAUUAUACUAAUAUCCCAUCAAAUCAGCAACGUCUCUUGCGUCCGAACGGCGGUCUUGGAAUGGCGAGGAAGACUAUCCUACACGCCGAGCGGACACCAGAUUGGACUGGCACGCCGAAUGGAAAGGAAUUGAGUGGAUAUUUCAGCGAGAGGACGACAAAAGGGAAAAGUGAUCCUUUUGAUUUAGAGGUGCUGGGUAUGAAUACGCCGAGGGGGUAA